AUGACAGGGCUUCUAAACAGUCGAAGUAGUAGUCAGUCGAGACAAGACAGAUUGUUGAGGUCCUUGCUGUCCUCCGAGGUUAAGGUCGAAUUUACUAAUGAUAAAGAUAACAGGUUUGGCGAUGGCGACGAAGUUGAUGGUGGCGAUGAGAGUCGUGAGAUUGAUGAGGCUGGUGACAGCCUCAGAGCGACGAUCUCUAUGGAAGCUACUUGUGGAAUAGGGCACGACAGGUCCUUGCCUUUCGCUUGGAAGACUCCCUGCUUAGUGAACGAGUACAGAAAAGCUGCAACUAACGGAGAAUUGCCACCGUUCUCAGCUUGGAAUCUUCGUCCUGCUGCUCUUCAGAGAAUCUCCAAGCCUGACCUUUCCUUGCGAUGCUUCAAGGUCUCCGUCAAUGACCGAACGGUCGUAACGUCAAAAAUCGCAGACAUCCACGACACGCCCAAGUAUCCUUCCGACAUCCAACGCAAAUUUCUCACUGGCGCGGCUCUAAUCGGCGGCCAAAAGAUGGUCUAUCUCUCUACAGACGCCCAUCAAUUCCCAAACUUGGAAGCUAGGAACAAGUUGAACAUUGGCGGCAUGAACGACAUUCGCUUCUUCGAGAACGUGAAGAACAUAAUCGCUAUCCCAGACGAUGCCGUAUCCUUGCGCAGGAUCUCGCUGUACCUGCAGAAAUACCACAAGAUCAAGGUUCUUCACGGUCAGAGCAUUCAGGUCUAUUCCGUGAAGAUAGGCAACGACCAUUAUCUAGAGAUCAAGGCUUUGGGCCGUCGCCAGCUUUUCCACAGCAAGCUCCUGCCUCGCCAGGUAGCCCAUUUCUUCAUCAAACUUGCGAAAAGGACUGAAGGACUGGUGCUGUGA